UGUUUUAUCCGUCGAUCCGUCCGUCUAUCCAUCAUCUCCUUUGUCCAAAUCCUGCUCGGUUGGUCGAUGACUCGAUCGCUCGAUUGACCAAAUUUAUUUAUUUGUUUAUUUACUUAGGCGUCCGUCUGCAGGUCUACGAGAUAUAUGCUUGUUUUGUCUGACGUCUCGUUCGUUUUCGGUUCGUUCCUUUUUGUUCGGUUCAAUUUGCUUUGGACUGGGUUGGGUAAGGCUCUCGUACGUAGUAGCUGCGCAAAUUACAGCACGCGUGUCCUUGUUCUUUUGUUCGCGGUGGCGUGGCAUGGCAUGGCAUGGCAUGGGAAGGGGCAGGGGUGGUUGUGGUUGUGUUAGCUGUAAUGGAGCGUGGGGUGUGGGUAUAUGAG